CAUCGAGCAACGCUUAUUCUCAGGUUGUGGUUACACUAUUUUUUAUCUUAAAAUAAUAAAAUGUGCAUAUCACUGUGCCAAGAAAACGUUAGAAGCUCAAAUUUAUCACAUACAUAACAUUGCUUUUAGGAAUGAUGUAACAUUUUCUUAACUUUCACAUAUAUGUAGAGUCUAUCUGUCUAUCUCCAGUUUAUGUAAUCUAAUUUAACUGAAGGCACUGCAUCUUGCACACUUAGUCCUUUCAGUUUAAUUCUGACUGUUGUAUGUUUAUGGAUUUGUAAAGUGUAUUAGCACAGGAAAUUUCAUUUGCAUGUGGGUUAGUUCACCACAACUCCUACUCAAGAGAGCACAAAAGUCAAUUCACACGUACAACAGAGAGCAGGUUGCAUCAACAGCGUCUUCACUCCUCUGGUGAUGGGAUUCCUAUAGUGGAUGCUCUUUUAUCACAUGGCCGCCUGUAUAUUUUUGGCAAAGAAAAUCAUCUUGUAAUUUCAGCGUUUUCUCACACGGAGUUGAAACAGAGCAGAGCUUGUUUCUGUCAUAAAAUCAGAAAAUGGUCAUAAAAUAACCAUGGGCUGUUUAACAAGCAGACUCUGGCGUCGAUCCGCGACUCGACUGGAGGAUACUUUAUUGACGUCUGAUGGGUCUUUGGGAAAUCACAUGAACAUAGCGGUGGCCUUGUGUAACUUUCCACCCCACAGGUUUGAUGAACAUACUAUAUUUUUCGGAGACAGACUGAACAUUAUAUCAGAAGAUGAUGACAUGAUGAGGGUUAGGUCUACAUCAACAGAUACAGAGUUUUUCAUUCCUCACACCUACGUUUCCAAAGUGCACAAUCGGUGGCUGUUUGAAGGGAUCUCCAGGAGAAAUGCAGAACAACUUCUUAGGCUGCCUCAAAACUACUCUGGAUGUUUUCUAAUUCGGGAAAGCCAGUCAUGCCCUGGUUCCUACUCACUCUCAAUGCGACAUGAUAGAGACCAUAUGCACAAUGUAAAGCACUACAGAAUCCAUCAGAUCAACAGCGGCUGGUUCUAUAUCCACAAAAACCGGCCCUUCUCCACUCUCACCCAGCUGGUAGACUAUUACUCACGACCUUUUAAUGGAACAUGCUGUCAGCUGACUGAACCUUGCUUACUUCAUGACUUGAGCACAACUGUAGCACACAUACCCUCUCCAAAAGAAUUCCAGAGGUCCAGUUUUAACUGGAAAGAUUUGUCCAGGUCGAUGAUUCAAAGGCAGUUAAAGGGAGACGAAGAGACUCUGGUGAGUGAAGGACUGCGAGAGACUCUAAAUGCAUAUUUUUACAUCACAGAGGAGUCGAGCUGUGAGGACUGAGUGACAUCCAACAAAGAACACACAUUUAUUAACAUCACUUAAGUAAGAGAUGUUUUGGGUCUUUUCAAUGUAUUUGGUGGACAUUUUGACCACAACGCUCUGUCCUGUACAAGUACAUUCUUAAGCCUGAUUAAUGAUCAUGGUAACACUUUACAGUAAGGUUUUAUUUGUUAACAUUCGUUUAUGCAUAAACUAGCAUUAACAUUGAGCAAUAUAUUUUUACAGCAUCUAAUAGCCUUUGUUAAUGUUAGUUAAUAAAAAUGUUUGUUCAUGUUAGUUCACAGUGCAUUAAAGGGUUAGUUCAUCCAAUUAAGUUCUCACCCCCAUGUAACCCAUAAGACCUUUGUUUGUCUUCAGAACACAUUUUAAGAUAUUUUUGAUUAAAUCUGAGGGUAUCUGAUCCACAGCAACGUCAUUGCACCUUUUGAGAUCCAGAAAGGUACUAAAGACAUUGUUAAAAUAGUCGACGUGACUACAGUGGUUCAUUGUAUAUAUACAGUGGCCAAUACUGAGCCCGCGUUCAGAUAUAAACACUGAAGUUCUGCAACAAAAAUAGCGUAGCAGUAUGACAGGGGAAAGACCAAUUUGUUGAAUAAAGUCUUUAUUUUUCUUUUGUUUUUGCACACGAAAAGUAUUCUCGUCGCUUCAUAAUAUUAAGGUUGAAGCACUGCAGUCACAUUGCUGGUCUUUAAUACCUUUCUGGACCUCAAAAGUUGCAAUGUCGUUGCUGCUUAUGUGUGGAUCAGAUACCCUUGGAU